AGUUUGGUGUUCAUUUAGCAGAGCUGACUGUGGAUCCCCAGGGAGCUCUGGCCAUCCGGCAGCUAGCAUCUGUCAUUUUGAAACAGUAUGUGGAAACUCACUGGUGUUCUCAGUCAGAGAAGUUUAGACCUCCAGAGACCACAGAAAGGGCAAAAGUUGCUAUUAGGGAGCUCCUACCCAACGGGCUGAGAGAAUCCAUCAGCAAAGUGCGCUCGAGUGUUGCUUAUGCAGUUUCAGCAAUAGCCCACUGGGACUGGCCUGAAGCCUGGCCUGAGCUUUUCAAUCUCUUGAUGGAGAUGCUGGUUAGUGGAGAUGUGAACGCAGUGCAUGGAGCCAUGAGAGUGCUUACAGAAUUCACGCGGGAAGUGACGGACACACAGAUGCCACUUGUUGCCCCUGUUAUUCUUCCAGAGAUGUACAAAAUCUUCACAAUGGCAGAGGUGUAUGGUAUUCGCACAAGGUCGCGUGCAGUGGAGAUAUUUACCACGUGUGCCCAUAUGAUCUGUAACAUGGAGGAACUGGAAAAGGGUGCAGCCAAAGUCCUGAUUUUUCCUGUGGUGCAGCAGUUCACAGAGGCCUUUGUUCAGGCCCUGCAAAUGCCUGAUGGACCUACAUCAGACAGUGGGUUUAAGAUGGAAGUCUUGAAGGCUGUGACAGCACUUGUGAAAAACUACCCGAAGCACAUGAUUUCAUCGAUGCAGCAGAUCCUGCCCAUUGUCUGGAAUACCCUCACAGAAAGUGCUGCCUUUUAUGUGAGAACCGAAGUAAAUUACACAGAAGAGGUAGAGGACCCUGUGGAUUCUGAUGGUGAAGUGUUGGGAUUUGAAAAUCUCGUGUUCAGCAUAUUUGAAUUUGUCCAUGCCUUGCUGGAAAACAAUAAAUUUAAGAGCACAGUGAAGAAGGCUUUGCCAGAGCUGAUUUAUUACAUCCUCCUUUACAUGCAGAUCACAGAAGAGCAGAUUAAAGUUUGGACUGCAAAUCCACAACAGUUUGUGGAGGAUGAAGAUGAUGAUACUUUUUCCUAUACAGUGAGGAUUGCCGCACAGGAUCUGUUGCUGGCUGUGGCUGCUGAUUUUCAGAAUGAGAGUGCAUCUGCUUUGGCUGCAGCAGCUACAAGACAUUUACAAGAAGCUGAGCAGGCUAAAAACAGUGGUGCUGAGCACUGGUGGAAGAUACAUGAAGCUUGUAUGCUGGCCCUGGGCUCUGUGAAGUCAAUUAUUACAGACAGUGUGAAGAAUGGUAGAAUACAUUUUGAUAUGCACGGCUUCCUGACAAAUGUUGUUCUUGCAGACCUCAACCUUUCAGUGUCUCCUUUUCUCCUGGGCCGUGCUCUGUGGGCUGCCAGUCGUUUUACAGUGGCCAUGUCUCCAGAACUCAUCCAGCAGUUCCUACAAGCUACUGUCAGUGGUCUCCAUGAAACCCAGCCUCCUUCUGUCCGAAUCUCUGCAGUCAGAGCUAUCUGGGGCUACUGUGACCAGCUGAAGAUCUCUGAGAGCACCCAUGUGUUGCAGCCUUUCCUUCCUAGCAUUCUUGAUGGACUGAUCCACUUGGCUACUCAGUUCAGCUCGGAGGUCCUGAACCUGGUGAUGGAGACGCUGUGCAUUGUCUGCACCGUAGACCCAGCGUUUACAGCAAGUGUGGAGAACAAAAUCUGCCCUUUCACCAUUGCAAUAUUUUUGAAGUACAGUAAUGAUCCAGUUGUUGCUUCUCUUGCCCAAGAUAUCUUUAAGGAGCUAGCUCAGAUAGAAGCCUGCCAGGGUCCAAUGCAGAUGAGGCUAAUACCAACUCUUGUCAGCAUCAUGCAGGCCCCUGCUGACAAGAUCCCAGCAGGGCUUUGUGCAACCUCUAUUGAUAUACUGACCACGGUUGUAAGGAAUACAAAACCUCCUCUGUCCCAGCUGCUCAUCUGCCAAGCAUUCCCUGCAGUGGCUCAGUGCAGCUUGAACACUGAUGACAAUGCUACAAUGCAGAACGGUGGCGAGUGUCUGCGCGCAUACGUCUCGGUGGCGCUGGAGCAGAUCGCCCAAUGGCAUGAUGAGCAAGGCCACAAUGGACUGUGGUAUGUGAUGCAGGUGGUGAGCCAGCUUCUGGAUCCACGGACCUCAGAAUUCACUGCUGCCUUCGUGGGCAGAUUGGUCUCCACUUUAAUUUCAAAAGCAGGAAGUGAGCUGGGAGAGAAUCUGGACCAGAUCCUGAGAGCUAUCCUGAGCAAAAUGCAGCAAGCGGAGACGCUCAGUGUGAUGCAGUCCUUGAUUAUGGUGUUUGCUCACUUGGUUCACUCACAACUGGAACCACUCCUGGAGUUCCUCUGCAGUCUCCCUGGCCCAACUGGCAAGCCUGCCUUGGAGUUUGUCAUGGCCGAAUGGAUGAGCCGGCAGCACUUGUUCUAUGGGCAGUAUGAAGGCAAAGUCAGCUCUGUGGCAUUGUGUAAACUCCUCCAGUAUGGCAUCAAUACAGAUGACAAGAGGCUUCAGGACAUUAGGGUAAAGGGAGAAGAAAUCUUUAACAUGGAUGAGGGAAUACGGACACGAUCGAAGUCGGCCAAAAAUCCUGAGCGCUGGACAAACAUUCCUCUGUUAGUAAAAAUCCUAAAACUAAUCAUAAAUGAACUCUCGAAUGCGAUGGAAGCGAAUGCAUCCAGACAGACACCUGCAGAUUGGAGCCAAGAUGAUUCAAAUGACAUGUGGGAGGAUCAGGAAGAGGACGAGGAUGAAGAUGAAGGCUUAGCAGGACAGUUCUUAUCAGAUAUUCUUUCCACAAACAAGUAUGAUGAGGAUUACUAUGAAGAUGAUGAAGAGGAUGAUCCGGAUGCAUUAAAGGACCCUCUUUACCAAAUAGAUCUCCAGGCCUAUCUCACUGAUUUCCUCUGCCAGUUUGCACAGCAGCCUUGCUAUGCAAUGUUUUCAGACCAUCUCAAUGAGAAUGAAAAGCGAGUGCUACAGGCCAUUGGGAUAUAAACCCACCCGAGAGACCACACCAAGCAUAUCUGAACAAGACUUUGGUUUGGCUUAGUCCACGUUUUAUGACUGAACAUAAAACAUUUUCCAGUGUCUGCCUGCUUGUUGCAGGUGGAUGACAGCCUCGUUGCGAUGUGUUGAGCCUCAUCUUAACGUGAAUCUGGUAAGGGAAGGAAUACUAAGCAAGCAGCAAGGACAGAAGGCUGUAGAGCUUUGCACAUUGGUCUCACCAUGGGAGCACUUUCAUUUUCCACAGUAACUUUCCAGGAAGGUUCUUCAAGAUAAAAAUAAAAAUAUGUGUCCUUAAUAUUUUUAAAAGCAAACUCUCUCUACCUGUGAAGAGGCACAUAACUGAGUUCCCCACAGCACAGCUGGACAGAGAAAGGAGUUGGGUCACUUACAG